CGGCUCCUCCCCAAGCGCCUCGCGUCAGCGCCCACCACCGCCGUGUCCGACCAGUCCAUGGCCUACGGCACCACCGCCGGCUCGCAGCACGGCGUGGGCGCCAGCCCCCCGCUGUCGCUGCAGCUGUCCGGGUCGCUGGCGCAGCCCGUCAUCAUCACCACCGACGAGAAGGGCCACGCCACGCACGCGCACGCGUCGCUGCAGCCCAAGGGCAAGCUCAAGGUCAGCAUCGUCGGCGCGCGCGGGUUGCUCGUGGCCGGGUGCUCGCAGCCGUACGUGGUGUCGACGUACGAGAGCCUGGAGUUCGUCAACAACGCGCCGGCGGCGGCGGGCCGGUCGCCCGCGGCACGGCCCGGCGUGCCCAUGGGCGUGCGCGCGGGGCUCCAGCGGCAGGCGUCGCAGCUCGAGCCCGCGGCCGCGGCCGGCUGCAGCAGCCCCACGUGGAACCACGAGGCCGUGUUCGACGUGGUGGGCACGCGCUCGCAGUUGGAGAUCUCCGUGUACGACGCGGCGCGCGACGACGCGUUCCUCGGGCAGGUGCGGCUCUGCCCGGACACGGCGCCCGCGCGCUCGGGCGAGGCCGUGGCGCCGCAGUGGGUGCCGUUGCGGGCCCGCGUGGUGGGCGAGCGUGUGGCCGGCGCGCUCCAGGUGCGCUGGGUGUUCUGGCACAACGACGCGCAGAAGGCGUACGGCCCGGGCGACUUCGACGUGUUGCGGUUGUUGGGCAAGGGCACGUUCGGGCAGGUGUACCAGGUGCGCAACCGCGACAACGGGCGCAUCUACGCCAUGAAGAUCUUGUCCAAGAAGCUCAUUGUCAAGAAGAAGGAGAUCGCGCACACCAUCGGCGAGCGCAACAUCUUGGUGCGCACGUCUGCGGCCGCGUCGCCGUUCAUCGUGGGGCUCAAGUUCUCGUUCCAGACGGAGGCGGACUUGUACUUGGUCACGGACUACAUGUCUGGCGGCGAGUUGUUCUGGCACUUGCAGAAGGAGGGCCGCUUCGGCGAGGAGCGCGCCAAGUUCUACAUCGCGGAGUUGGUGUUGGCGCUCGAGCACUUGCACGACAACGACAUCGUGUACCGCGACUUGAAGCCCGAGAACAUUCUCUUGGACGCCAACGGCCACAUCGCGUUGUGCGACUUCGGCUUGUCCAAGGCCAACUUGAACAACGACGGCACCACCAACACCUUCUGCGGCACCACCGAGUACCUCGCGCCCGAGGUGCUCCUCGACGAGUCCGGCUACACCAAGAUGGUGGACUUCUGGUCCUUGGGCGUCUUGAUCUUCGAGAUGUGCUGCGGCUGGUCGCCCUUCUACGCCGACAACACCCAGCAGAUGUACAAGAACAUCGCCUUCGGCAAGGUGCGCUUCCCCAAGGAGGUCUUGUCGCCGGAGGGCCGCUCCUUCGUCAAGGGCUUGCUCAACCGCAACCCCAAGCACCGCCUCGGCGCCGUGCGCGACGCGCGCGAGUUGAAGGACCACGCGUUCUUCCAGGACGUGGACUGGGCGCUUCUCCGCGCCAAGAACAUCCCGCCGCCGUUCAAGCCGCACUUGGCCAGCGAGACCGACACCUCCAACUUCGACCCGGAGUUCACCAGCGAGUCCACGUCCGUGCUCAAGAAGCAGCUCGACAUGGGCUCCACGCCGCUCUCGCCGGGCAUCCAGGCCAACUUCAAGGGCUUCACCUACGUGGACGCGUCCGCCAUCGACGAGCACUUCAGCAGGCUGCACCGCUACAACGCGUUCCGCAGCCCGGCGUCCUUCAUCCCGGGCAACCCGAACCUCCCGCCAGACGACGAGGUCAUCGAGGACCAGGACGACGACGACAAGGACGACAUGGACAUUGACCACGACCACCACCUCGAGAGCGAGGAGUUUGUCAACGGGCGCUUCGACCUCUGA